AUACAACCCUUCCUUUUACCCGGGUCAAACUUAUGAAUGAUAACCAGGCGGUUUAGUCAUUUCAGCAAAGUGAAUCGCCCGGUGAGCAUACAUUAAUAUUGAAGGGAUAUUUACCGACAUCUUAAGGAAUUUUCGGAAAAUCCAUACCAGUGAACAACACAUAUGAACACCGUAGUUGUAACCCAGCAGCCGGCGGGCAGACAAAUGAUGAUCGGGUCCGUCCAGGGCCACAGGGACUGGGAUAGCGGGCUCUUUGCCUGCUGCUCUGACUGCAAAUCAUUGUUGAUGACGUAUUGUUGCCUACCGUGCGCCAUCUGUGACAUCUCGACACGGGCGGGAGAAUGUAUGUGCAUGCCCUGGUUUGUCCCUGGGGGACUCCUGGCUCUCAGGGCCCGCAUCAGGACCCUUGGAGGUAUUCAGGGUUCCAUCUGCGGUGACUGCAUGGCGAUGUCGUGUUGUGGCCUGUGCGCCAUUUGUCAAAUGCAGAGAGAACUGGAAGCUAUGGGCCUUUAACUUGACCAACAGUCCGGGUCAUUUCUGUUAGUGAUCUUGGAGUUAUAUCCUUAUACUGGUCAUGCACCUUUCACAGAAAUGAACAAGAACAUGAUUGCUUUGCUUUUGUAAACAAAGACACAUUACGAAAUGUUUGCAUAGUUAAUCAUUUGGACAAUUCUACGAAAAUGUUUAACAUACUUGAGCGAUAAUAAAACAUAAGAACCA